AUGAAUGAGGCAAACCAAACUCAGGUGGGGCCCUCGGAGUUCCCCACAGUGACAGCCACAGUGACAGCGACAGCUCCUGGCCUGGGCUCUGGGGGCCGGGCAUGGCCUGUGCUGGUCGGAGUUUUGCUAGGUGCUGUGGUUGUCUCUGUUCUCAUUGCACUUGCUGCCAAAUGCCACCUCUGCCGCCGCUACCGUGCCAGCUACCAGCACCGCCCACUGCCUGGGACAAGGAGAGAUCGCCACGUGGAAGUGGGAGAAAUCGAGGAUGAUGAUGGCUUCAUUGAGGACAAUUACAUUCAGCCAGGGGCUGGCGAGCUGGGGACAGAGGGCAGCAGGGACCACUUCUCCCUCUGA